AAACUGGUGUGUCAGGAAGGGAGCGCACACAAGCAGGCAGAGUGAAUUUGCGAGAAAAAACGAAAUAGUUAGUUACUUAGUGCUGUUGGAGGAGAGUGGAAGUUGCCCUGGCCCUCUACGUCACUCCGCCAUCUUGGUUCUCCUCCCAACCUUAUCGAAUACCACCACAACUCAUCUGCGCCCAAGGAUUACAACCCAAUUUGGAUAACCCACAACCUCCCCCGCCUGAAAGCUUACACCCUUCUUCUUCCGGAUUGUCAUAUUUAAGAUUCCUCCGGCACUCUUCCAAACAUCCCUCCAUCCACGUGUCGUAUUGAUUCGUGACUGAUUUGUUUUGAGGGUGGAUGAGAUCAAACGCCAUGGACCCUGAAGUUGCCGUCGUCGACGACGACAAAGAGCAGGACGGCGUUGUUGAUGAGGUGGUCAUGGUAAAAAAGUCUGCCACCGGUCCCCCCGUCGACGGUGACGAGGACGAUGUGCUGCUGUUGAGUGAUGACGAAGAAAACUCUGUCAACCCAGCUGAUGUAAAAAGUUCAAUGAAUGGAAGACGAGGACAAGAAGGCGAAGAUGAAGAUGAAGAAGAUGUGGUUGAUGAAGAAGAUGAUGAUGACGACGACAUUGUAGAAGUUCCAGAUGACUAUGACGAAGAUGUUUCAGGCGAUGGGGUGCUCCCUCCUGCCGUGGAGAACGGGGAUAGUUUUGAUAUCAGUGAUUCAGUUACAGAUAAUGAUUCAAGAUCGAAUGACCUCGUAAUUAAGAAUAUCCAAGGAGGAAGAAGAGGAGGUGGUGCCGUAAACGGUGAACUGGAUGAAGACGAUAUCCUCUUACUCAGUGACGAUAACUCCAACUCGGUUUCAGAAGAAGGUGGAAGAAUAAAAAAUGGCAGAAAGGAGCAACAACUUCUACAAGAAGAGGACGAUGACGAUGAAAUCAUGGAAGUAGAUAAUCCAGAUCCAUUAUUCAGCUACGAGGACGAGGGUAGUGGUAGUGCUACUGACGUUGUCGCCCUUCCAAGCAACAGUAAUAACAAUAAUAAUAACAACAUUAAAUCGAAUAAAAAACCUAUGGAAAAUGGAGAAGUUGGUGAAAUAAGUGAAACGGAAGCUAGUGAGGAAGUGAACGUUGCUGACAAUAGUAGUGACGCUAAAUCUAAUAAUAAUACAAUUGUGGUCAACGAUACGAAAUCUUUAGUGGAUCUUGCAAAUAGUAAGAAAGAGCCGGGAAAUGAGCCCACAUUGGUUAUCAUUGAUACAAAUGCUCUGAUGGCAGGUCGUGGCGCCGUCCCAGUUAGUAAACCUAAUUUACAACACCACCCACAACAUGCUAGCAGCAACUCUCAUCAUCACAGCAGUAAGGGGAGUAGUCGGAACGGUGGUUCUGGUUCUAGUAAUAAUGCAUCUAUUGACAUCCCGGAUGAUGCCUACCUAAUAGAAGCUCCCUCAUUUAUUGUGCCCUAUGUGUUCGAGUGUGAACAGAAUGGGGAUAAAUCCCUUAAAGAAACGAUCAAAGAGUUGGCAAACAAAGUGAAGGAAGUGAGAGAUGCAAAAUUAGCAAAGGGCGAAGAACUAACUGACCUGGAUAAACUGACUGAAUCCAAGACCUCAAGCUCAUCAGACGACUACUUUGAGUCUCCUGUGGGGAAACUGUUGACCAACAUUGGUAUGAAUAUGGUUCAAGAGUUUGUGCAGUGUGACCUGCUAAAAAUGCAGAAACGCCAGGGAGAGAAGGAAAAGGCCAAGAGCCGGAUGAGCAUGAUGACCCACCUCACACAACAAAGCAUCUUCUCUUUGAAAAAGAACAUUGAGGAGAGCAAGGAGAAUAAUGAACCAUUUAGAUCGAAAAUGAAAAAGUGUGAAUUGUGUAACUUUAGAACAGAAUCCGAAUUGGUCAUGUCCACUCACCAAGAAACGCCACACAUGAAAAAUUAUAGCUACAGGUGUAAUUUCUGCACCUUCACUACUCGAGUUCCACAUGAGAUCAUUUUUCACAUGGAGGCUGAACACGCAGUCAGAGCUCGCUUAGAAAGAGCACCAGCUUAUCAUCAAUGUCCAAGUUGUCCAUUCGAAGAUAACUCUAAAGCUAAACUUACCCGACAUCUUUUGGGAUGUGUCAAGCGCUAUGUUCCUGCAAAGAAUUUGGAACCACCCUCGGAAUGGGACACUCCUGCUAAAUUACCAAAGCUGCCAAAAAAUAGAAUUCUCCCACAAGGCAUCAACCCUGCAUUCUUGGCCCCAACAAACCAAAGAGGAAGUGGAAUGGCUGGUUUCAAUCCGAUGCUCCAGAAACAAUACCAAUCGCAACAACAACAAGGAGGGAUGAGUAUGAAGGGGAAUCUUCCACCCCUUCUUCACGCUGCGCCCAAUAAACAUAAGCCAAUUCCGGGUCUCAUACGAACCAACAAUCCUAGAUCUAUACAAAAUCCAGUCAUCAACCCUCAACUUCAACGAGGAAUGAUGAUGCGAGGGAGCGGACAAAUGCAAGCCCACAAUCUUCAAAUGCAAAAUCACAUGCUUCAACAAGUGGUAAGUGGACAAUUGCUUGGACAAGGCCAAGGAACAACGAAAAGCUUUUUGACCAAGUUAGGCCUGCAGCCUGAUCAAACAGCAAUCAGAACAAAUGCUUCAAUGCAAAAAGGCACUACAACUCAAAUGCGUGGUGCAGUGGGUAGACCAGGAGGGAGUCAACCUAGCAUAUCCAUAACCCCACUCCCAAGUCGACAAGGUGGCGGAGGAAAUCCGUCCACUUCCUCAUCCGCUGCUGCAUCUCAUAAACCUCCUUCACAAGGACAGGGAGGAGCAAAGACGUCGUUUGUAAUUUGCGAAAUUUGUGACGGAUAUAUUAAGGACUUGGAUCAAUUAAGAAAUCACAUGCAGUGGAUACACAAAGUCAAGAUCCACCCCAAGAUGAUUUACAAUAAACCACCAUUGAAUUGUCAAAAGUGUCAGUUUCGAUUUUUCACGGAUCAAGGUCUUGAGCGACAUUUACUUGGUUCUCAUGGUCUCGUCACGUCAUCCAUGCAAGACGCCGCUAACAAGGGACAGGAUAGCGGACGGUGCCCACUUUGUGGAAAGGUUUAUCAGUGGAAAUUGUUAGCACACGUUGCAAAGGAUCACAAUGUAACGCUCAAACCAGCUCAUUUAUCCUACAAGUGCACUGUAUGUACUGCGACGUUCGGGAUGUACAAACUCUUCGAAAGCCAUGUCUACUCUGCACAUAGUGUAACUAAGAAUGCUCCUCGGCAAGAACGGCGAGUUCCUCAACAAAUGCAGCAAGGCAAAAUGGGUGGCGGCCUUCAAGUGACGCCACGAAGUAUGCCGGUGAAUUCUGCGCAAAACAAUUCGUACAAACCUCUUAAGAUUAACGAUGAAAUAACAAUAAUUCCUCAACCAAUGGCUAACUCUGCACUGCAGCGUAACAAAGGAUCUCUUACAAUUACCCCCCACCAACCUAUGAGAAGAAAUGUGUCGGGACGAAAUCAUGAGGAUGAAGGAAUCCAAAUAAUUGAAAUAGAUGAUGCUCCUCACAAGAAUGGAGUUAGACCAAAUGGAAAUCGAUUUACAAUGAGCGAAACUCUACGUAAGCGAAACUUAGAAAUCAGCGUUUGCGAUUCCGAAAAUUCUGAUGAUUCUCGCGGACCAAUAAAGCGACUUCGUCAAAAUUAAUAAUUUUAUAAUUUAGAAAUUCUUAAAUUGAAUUUAGAAUGUCAGAGAGACGUACGUUGGGUUUCCUUUCCAAGGAGGUCUUUUUUGUCUUAAGUUGUUGUAAUAUUUGAGUAGGCGGUUCUGUAUCUGUAUGUUAAUUAUGUAAUCAAUUAAGAAACUUUUUGAUACCAAAUUAGUGUGUCACGACGGGAUACAUACAUAAAGUAUUAAAGCGAAGAUGUGUACUUUUUUAGGGAAAAGUCGAUUCAGAUUAAAAUAAAUAAACUAAUACAAGUACGCGAGUUUAAUUUCAGAAAUAACUUUUUGUUUCCUUCUACAUAUAUAUUCAUACUACACUACUUCUAUGUGAUACUGUUCAUUAUUCAUUAAUUAUUAUGAUUGUUCGUUGAUUAUGAUGUAGUGAUACUAAAAGUUAAAAAAAUAAUCAAAUGUCUUGCUCUACUUUAGAGAUAGUAUUUUAAUCUGGACAUGUAAUAGCGUUUAUUGUUUGAGAAGAAUAAAUACAAAUAACUUUA